AGUGUGUGUGUGUAUGGGUUUGUGUGUUUGAAUGUGGCGCGGGCGGGGAGGAGCUGGCGGGAAUUGUGUUGUCGGGAGUAGAGUGAGCAGCGAGGGUGGUGGUUGUUGUGACUGAGACCUGCCUUGGCGCCUGUGUGAUUCUCGGGGGUUUUGCAAGUGUUUGAGUGCCUGUGCCUGCCUGUCGGCGUGCCUGAGUGUGUCCUGUUUGCCCUGGAGUGUCCUGGUGCCCUGUAAGUGCCUGAGAACUUUGCAUUAAAGGAGUUAAAAGGACCUAACGCUUUGUGUUGCCCCCUGCCUGUGUGAGCCUGUCUUGUCUGGCUGGGCUGUCGUGGAACCUUUACUUGCUGACUGGUGGUGUUGUGGUGGAACCUGCUGUCCUGCCUGAAGGUGAGUGGUCGAAGGUACAGUGGGUGUUGUAACAUUGGUGUCAGGUGUGGGGUCGACCAGUGGACAAGUGAGUGAGGAGAAAAUGGCAGCCAGUGGCACUGGAAAAGACGAGGCAGGCGGAAUGGCGGCCGGCGGUGGCGAGCCAGGUAGUGAUGAGGGCAGAGACGUUAAGCCCAAUCAGCUGGACUUACUUACUGAAAUGUUGGCCGCGAUGAGACAGGAACAGGCCGGGAUGAGACAGGAACAGGCUGAAAGGGCCAGCGAGCAGGCACAUAAGUGGGAGGAAAUUGUGGAGCACACGAGGCAGCAGGCCCGCCUCAUGGAAAGUAUGCGGAGCAGCCUUUCGUCUCUGAGAGAGGAGUCGCGGCAGUACACCGACCAGGCCUGCGACAGUGUGAAGAGCGAGCUGUUGCAGAGGGUGCUGGCUCUUGAAGGUAGGGUAGAGGGUUUGAGUGAGGAGGUGGCUGAGACGUCCGGGCAGUCAGGGGGGCGGGUGGCACAGAAUGGCGGCGCGGCGGCGGACACUUCACGCGUGUCUGACCUCCUUGACCUGUGGGGUGGAGUGCAGGGACCCAUGAGUGUAGCAUCCGAGCCAGUGGGUGCUGUAGGAGGCUGGGACGUCUUCGGGAGCCCCGUUGUGAGGCCAGGUAGUGCCGGUCCUGGACCCAGUCACCCUGUCUCUCUGCCCCCCUCCCCUCCUUCCUCCCCUCCCGGUCAGCUGGCUUGUGAGCGGUGCACCCCACAGCAGAGCCCGCAGUCCCCCAGGCGCUCCGUCAGAAGGAAGCCAGCCGAGUAUGACGGAAAGGUGGCUUGGGAGGCUUAUGUCGCUCAGUUCGAGAUGCUGGCGACUGCGCAGGGCUGGAACGACGCAGAGAAGGCCCUGCAGCUGGCGACGGCGCUGCGUGGCCAAGCUGUGGAAGUGCUUGGCCACUUGUCGCCAGCUCAGCGUGCCUCGUAUCAGGGUGUGGCUGAGGCGUUGAAGCGGCGCUUUGGACACCACCUUCAGGCUGAGGUGUACCGUGCUCGCCUGAAGAGGAGGACGCGUGGGCGGGACGAGACGCUGUCGCAGCUGGCGCAGGACAUGGAGGCGCUGGUAAGGAGGGCGUACCCAGCGGCCCCGGAAGAAAUGAUUGUGGUGCUGGCUCGCGACUCGUUCGUAGACGCCCUGAAUGACCAGCAGUUGCAGAUCUACGUCAAGCAGGCGCACCCUGGGGACCUGCAGGUGGCGUUGGCGAGGGCCUUGGAGUUCGAGGCCUUCAUGAAGACAUCGGGCAGCUCUGCAGCGGCCGCCCAGCCCCGACGGGACCUCCAGGGCCGGAAGGCGACGGUGGAGAAGAAGGCGGCGUCGAGGGAGGCGAGCCCGGAUGGGUUCCGUGGCUCCUGCUGGAGUUGUGGCGAGAGGGGGCACAAGCGCAGUCAGUGUUCGAGGGGGCGAAGGACGCGUUCCCUCGACCGGCUGAGCUCCGAUGCCUUUCAGCCCUGCUGCAAGGAGUGUGGCAAGUCAGGCCACCGUGGAAGCGCCUGCCCCAAGCCGAAGGAAGUGGCGCAGGCGGGAAACUCCGACAGGCUGGAGAAGGGGGCCAACACCCAGCCGUCGGUCCCCGGGCCCCGUGCUGUGUAAGCUGCCGCCGAACGUCCAGUGCGGUGCAGGUGGAAGGCUCGGUGGAUGGUAGAUCGUGCCGCCUGACUGUCGACACGGGAGCGGAACGGACCUUGGUGCGGCCAGACAUGCUGGCCGUUGAUCGACUUCCGGAUGCGC